AUGCUCUCGUCCUUUGACAUUCUCUAUUGCCAAAUAGUGCUGAAAUCACAAAGGCUUCCUCAAUUCAAAGAUGGUGCAGGUUACUCCCGUCAUUCGCCCAAAGAUCGUCAAGAAGAAGAGUCAUGGCGUCGCCCGAAGGGUAUUGAUGGCCGUGUGCGCCGAAAAUUUAAGGGCGCUAUCAAGAUGCCAAAUAUUGGUUAUGGCUCGAACAAGAAAACACGUCACCUGCUGCCCAAUGGGUUUCUCAAGUUUGUUGUCAACAAUGUGACUGAGCUUGAGAUGCUGCUCAUGCACAAUCGCAAAUACUGCGCUGAGAUCGCCCACAAUGUGUCGGGUCGCAAGCGUCGCGAGAUUAUCGAGCGUGCUGAGCAGCUGAAUGUGCGUGUGACGAACCCGAACGCUCGCGUACGUGCUGAGGAGAACGAGUAA